AUGGUCUUUUCCGGUGGAGGUCCAGCUCUGUUGUGGCUCAAAGCCGUGAUCACUAAGCAGUCUCCGGAGGUAACAGCCUUCACUCGUCCUUUAAGCCAUCAGUUCUUCAGCCUUCAAUCUAUAUAA